CCUCUCCCAUGCGCUCGAAUAGUUUCUCCUCGCUAGGCGGGGCGGAGUGUACAUCGAUCGUGGGCUUCCGUAGUAUUUCUCGCGACGUUUCGCGCCAGUUCGUUUUCAAGAUGGCUGCUCCUGUGGCGGCCACGGAUGAGAGCUGGCUUCGCACCCGGGACGUGCUUGUGCCGGGGGGGCCCGAAGACUUCGGGUCACUUUUGCUGUCGGCUCCGGUGCUGGAAGGGCUGCGAGCUGCUGGGUUUCUAAGGCCAUCUCCAGUGCAGCUCAAAGCCAUACCGUUGGGACGGUGUGGCCUCGAUCUUAUUGUGCAAGCAAAAUCCGGCACAGGUAAAACCUGUGUCUUCUCCACAAUUGCACUCGACUCUCUUAUCCUGGAAAGCCCAGUUACACAGAUUCUAGUUUUGGCUCCUACCCGUGAAAUUGCUGUACAGAUACAUGCCGUUAUUACAACUAUUGGGAUUAAAAUGGAAGGUUUGGAAUGUCAUGUCUUCAUCGGAGGGACCCCUUUAAACCAAGACAAGAUCAGGCUGAAGAAGUGUCACAUAGCUGUUGGCUCCCCUGGUCGCAUAAAGCAGCUUAUAGAGUUGGACUAUUUGAAUACAGCCAGCAUUCGCCUUUUCAUUCUUGAUGAAGCAGACAAGCUUCUGGAAGAAGGAAGUUUUCAGGAACAAAUAAAUUGGAUUUAUUCUUCUCUGCCAGUUAACAAGCAGAUGUUGGCUGUUUCAGCCACCUAUCCCGAAUCUUUGGCUAAUACUUUGACUAGAUAUAUGAGAGAUCCCACAUUUGUGCGGUUGAAUCCCACUGACCCAAGUCUCAUUGGAUUGAAGCAGUACUUCAAAGUUGUGAAUUCUCAUCCAUUACCACAUAAGACGUUUGAAGAAAAGGCACAGCAUUUACAGGAACUCUUCAGCAAGAUUCCCUUCAAUCAGGCUUUGGUCUUUUCAAAUCUACAUAGUCGAGCUCAGCACUUGGCAGAUCUUCUGGCAUCCAAAGGUUUUCCUGCAGAAUGCAUUUCAGGCAAUAUGAAUCAGAACCAGAGACUUGAUGCCAUGGCUAAACUAAAGCAGUUCCAUUGCAGAGUGUUGAUUUCUACUGAUUUGACCUCACGUGGCAUUGAUGCUGAGAAGGUGAACCUAGUCAUUAACUUAGAUGUGCCUUUGGACUGGGAGACUUAUAUGCAUCGGAUUGGCAGAGCUGGACGCUUUGGAACUUUAGGACUAGCAGUGACUUAUUGUUGCCGUGGGGAGGAAGAGAAUGUGAUGAUGAACAUUGCACAGAAAUGUAACCUUCGACUUCUUCCUUUACCAGAACCUGUGCCUCCUGAAUUGAUGGAACAGUUUGAAGGCUGGGAUGUGGAAGUCACUGCUGUCCCAUAUCCCAAUGCUUCAUUGCAUACUGCUCUGCCGGCUAAACAACCAGAGGGGACAGUGCAGCUCACAGCAGGAGGCAGCAGUGCAAAGGAGUCCUCUGUUGUUGCUUGUGAAAAUUUUUCUGCACCUAAGCCAAGGCAGGCCCUCAAACAAAAACAGCUGCUCAAAAGUAGAACAGAACAUAGCAACACAAAGAGAACUAUCAAGGACCAGCAGUCUUCCCAGUGCACUGCAAAGCCAAAAUGGCAACUAAAAUCUGGUGUCCAAACUAGUGGGCAGCAGAACAAGCAAGAGGUGGACAAGGAAGCUUUAAGAAACAAGCUUCCCAAGAUACCUUGCCUGUCUUCUUAUAAGACCCAUCAGUCAACCAAUACAUGGAGCAUGGCUAAAUUUGUUGAGGAUUAUGAAUACUUCAUUAAGGAAGGACUGGAGAAAGAUGUGGAAAUUAUAAGAAGCUAUACAGGUCCUGGAGAGCAGCAUUCAGGAAACAGUGCCUUAGAUUGGAAAGGGAUGGAACCCAGCGCAUGUGCAGCUGAUGCAUGGACUGGGGAAUCUGAUAGUGAUAGCAGCACUUACAGUUCUGGCUCGUUAGCCUAUAGCUCAGAUGACCAGUCGCACAUCAAAGCUUCUUCAGAUACACAGAAAGGCAAUGAUGGUGAGCUCGCAGCAGAUCAGACUUUUCAGAGGCACUUUCAGCAGUUCUCUGCUGUUCCAGAACCAAAGUUGAUUCCAGAGUCGCCUCUGCUCCAGAAGAUUAAACAGAACGUGAAACAGAGCAAACACAGUAGGCAGAACUGCCACCUUCCUACUGCCAAGCCCUCAAAGAGAAGGGGUAUGGAAAAUGCCCCCCAGAACUAUCCUGAUCCCCCUUUCUUCUGUGAGACUCAGAGUUACAAGGAAUACUGGAAAAGAUAUUACCGGGCAUACCAGGACUACUAUUCUACAGCUUCCUAUUCAUAUAAUUGCAUGUAUAACUGGCUGACUGCUUAUCGUGCCCAAGCAGUCUAUAUUGAAGAGUUGCUGAGAGGUCAUCAGUGAUAGUCAAGGCCUCCUAGAUGUGUGUUUAGGGUGAGGUCACCUCUUUGCUUGAAUUGAACCAUUUUAAUACAUUUUUCAUUCACUGUAUGUAGUGUUUUGUAUGCAUUCCAGAAGCGAGAAUAUCACAGCAGAUGUUUAACCAAUUAAAAGUCAUGACAAAUGAUGAAA